UUUUCUUGAAAAGGAAAUAAAUUUUGAUUUUCCUUCUGGUUAGCAAGAGGGUUGUUCUGAGUUUCUGUUUCUGUUGUUGUUGUAGUUGUUUUUUAAUUUUUUUUCCUUACGUGAAUUUGGCUGGUUUUAAAGCUGGAUUUAGUGUCUGCUUGAUGAUAUUCAGGAUUUGGGUAAAAAUGGGUUUAGGUCGGAUUUUUGUUUUUGAAUUAUUUAGUUUUAGAAGUUUAUUUAUUUUUUAUUUAUUGCAUUGACUAAUUAGAGUAUCGGAAUGGAAUUAUUUAUGUAUAUAUUUUUUAUAGUUUUAUUAGGCCGGUCCUUGUUGCACUGCGCAUAUACUUUUACGUGUUGUGUACAACAAGUUGUUAUAUGAUAUAAUUUAAGGGUUUUUAUCUUCAUUUAUCUGAAAUUUUAGCUUUUCGGUUUGAAAUACUAGGUGGGUCUUCUUCGUUAAGGAUUUCUUCUUCUUCUUCUUCUUCUCUUCUUCUUCUUUUGUUUGGGUUAUAUACAUGUAUAUUAUUAACUGUUGUAGAUCUAUAAAGUUCUCUCUCUCUCUCUCUCUUUAUGAAAUAAUUAUUAUGCUUAUCUGGAAUAAGAUGAUACAUGAUCUAAGAUUAUCCUUGCCAGUGCAUAAUUGUCUUGAUUGGAGGUAGCAAGUAGCCAGUACUGAAGAAACCACUAGAUUUGUGUUUAUGACUGAGUUUUGUAUGAUAAUGGUUGUUACUGGUUGAUGUGAGUGAUUUACCAGUCUUUAGAAAACAUUGAAAAGAGCUGCUAGCAAAAAUAUUAUUUCUGGGUAACCAUUUCUUAUUCCUAGAUGCAAACUUCUCAAAAACACCAGCGUGUAAGCGCUCUCCAUGGGUUGUACCGACAGCCUGGGCAAGAGAUUGAUUCCUAUUGUAUGCCUCAUUUCCAAAUCUUAGAUAAUAAUAUGUUCUCCGAAGUUGGUAGCCAAGGAAAAAGUGUUUCCUUUGAGACUUGCAACGAGAAAUUCUUUACUCUAGACUCAUCUCCAGCAACAACCGAGGUUCUCAAUUGUGAUUCUCCUUCUGCUGUGAGUGUCUUGUCGAACAGGAGUCCCUUUUCGCCGCAAGGUUCCCACACUUGCUCAUCUGAUCCACAUCAUUCCCCUGACAUCUACUCUGGAUCAUCAUUUAGUGGCGGCUCUGCGGUUGAUGAUAGCAGUGAUUUGAAGCACAAACUGAGGGAGAUAGAAAAAAUGCUGGGAGUCGAAUCUGAAACUGUUGACAGCCAUUUUUGCAGCUUCAAGGCUGAGGCCCGCCAAGCUACUUCCAUGGCCACCUGGAAGAUGCUGGAGAGUAAGAUGGACAUACCACAUGUUCUGAUUGAAUGUGCACGUGCGGUCUCCGAAUCUGACACACCAAGAGCAAUGGAUUUAAUGGAGAUUUUGGGAAAUAUGGUUUCAGUCUCUGGGGAGCCAAACCAAAGAUUGGGUGCAUACUUGUUGGAAGGACUUAGAGCAAGGUUGGAAAAGUCAGGGAGUGCAAUCUACAAAUCCCUCAAAUGCAAUGAACCAACCAGCUCAGAGUUACUCUCAUACAUGUCCAUCCUCUAUCAGAUAGUCCCGUUUUGGAGGUUUGCUUAUACAUCUGCAAAUGUUGUCAUUCGGGAAGCUAUCCAAUAUGAGCCGAGAAUCCACAUAAUUGAUUUCCAGAUAGCUCAGGGAAGUCAAUGGAUGGCCUUGUUCGAGGAUCUUGCUCGACGGCCUGGUGGUCCCCCUUUUGUCAGAAUCACGGGUGUUGAUGAUUCUCAAUCGGCUUUCGCUCGUGGAGGGGGUCUUCACUUAGUUGGGCAGAGGCUGUUAAAGCAAGCCCAGUUGCUCAAUGUGCCAUUCGAGUUUCAUGGUGCAGCCAUGUGUGGCAGUGAGGUAGAGCUGGAGACUCUCAGAAUUCGACCUGGUGAAGCAAUAGUUGUUAACUGUCCAUAUGUCUUGCACCACAUGGCAGAUGAAAGUGUGAGCACUGAAAAUCACCGGGACCGGUUACUGAGGCUGAUCAAGAGCUUGUCACCUAUAGUUAUGACCCUUGUUGAGCAGGAAUCAAACACUAACACUUCUCCAUUCUUUGGAAGGUUCCGGGAGACCCUUGAUUAUUACACAGCUAUGUUUGAAUCGAUAGAUGUGGCUCGUCCAAGGGACGAUAAGCAGCGAAUCAGUGCUGAACAGCAUUGCGUGGCUAGAGACAUAGUCAACAUGGUUGCUUGUGAAGGGCCGCAGAGGGUUGAAAGGCACGAACUUUUCACUAAAUGGUGGGCAAGAUUGACGAUGGCCGGUUUAUCACCAUACCCUUUGAGUCCUUCUGUUACUUACGCUGUGAAGGACCUGUUAAGGGAAUAUAACCCAAAUUUUAGAAUUGAGCAGCUCCACGGGGCUCUUUAUCUUGGCUGGAAGAACAGAGCUAUGGCUACCUCGUCUGCAUGGAGAUGAAGAGGACUGAAUAGAGAGAUGCCAAAUUUGUAAAUCUUUUUUUCUCUUUUUUCUGGUUUUUAGUACGCAUGCCGAUUAGUUUUUUUAGAAGACUAGAGACGGUGGUGCGUAUAGUUUUUGUAGAAUCAUUAAGGUUAAGUUCUUUUCCACUACUAAGAGAACUAUGAAUUUGGUGUAAAUGUCUUUGGAGUUGGGGGUGAGAAACAGUUGUCCUCGUAGUAAUGCAAAAAAGGUUCUACACAAAAACCCUUUAUUGUGAUACCAACUACCAAGGAAUGGCUAUAUUUAUAUCAUUAUUCGACUUUUUCUUCCCA